GGGACUUCGACCUCCUCCACGGGAAACGACAGCUCAAGUUGUGACAACCGAGUCUGUACCAUGGACUACACGCCGGUGUGCGGCUGGAAUGAUGUCACUUACUCGAAUUCCUGCAAACUGGGUCUUGCCAACUGCAAGGAUUCCAGCAUCACCCAAGCUAGCGACGGAGAGUGC